AUGGCUGCCCGUGCUCUCUUUACUGUCGCCCUCCUGGGCACUGCUGCUCUCGCCGUCCCCAUCGAGGAGAGACAGUCUUGUGGCGCCGUUUGGGCACAAUGCGGUGGCCAAGGCUUCACUGGUCCUACGUGCUGUGCUUCUGGCAGCACUUGCGUCGUCAACAACGCCUACUACAGCCAGUGUCUACCCGGCAGUGCUUCUUCUUCCAGUUCCGCAGCCGCCUCGUCGACCAUCCGCUCCAGCUCUUCCGCAGUUGUCAGCCCUUCUCGGACUUCGACAACCGCCGGGGCCGGUACCACUACCACGCUUGUCGGGACUGCCACCACCAGCGCUCCCGUAGUCACUGGCGGCGCGACCUAUACUGGCAAUCCUUUUGCUGGCGUUAAUCUCUGGGCCAACUCAUACUACGCCUCUGAGAUUACGACCUUGGCCAUCCCGUCCCUGAGCCCGGCUCUAGCAACUGCAGCCGCUGCCGUUGCCAAGGUCCCUACCUUUAUGUGGAUGGACACCCGUGCCAAGAUCCCCUUGGUUGACUCUACGCUGGCCGACAUCCGCAAGGCCAAUGCGGCUGGCGGCAACUACGCCGGCCAAUUCGUCGUCUACGACCUCCCCGACCGCGACUGCGCUGCUGCUGCCUCCAACGGCGAGUAUUCCAUCGCUGACGGCGGUGUUGCCAAGUACAAGGAGUACAUUGACGCUAUUCGUACCAUGGUUCUCAAGUACUCCGACAUUCGCAUCCUGCUCGUCAUCGAGCCCGACUCCCUGGCCAACCUGGUCACCAACCUCAAUGUCGCCAAGUGCUCCGGUGCUCAGGCCGCCUACCUCGAGUGUACCAACUAUGCUGUCACCCAGCUUAACUUGCCCAACGUCGCCAUGUACCUUGAUGGUGGUCAUGCCGGCUGGUUAGGAUGGACUGCGAACUUGGGACCUGCUGCGAACAUGUACGCCAAGGUAUACAAGGACGCUGGCAGCCCCAAGGCUCUGCGCGGCAUUGUGACCAACGUGGCCAACUACAACGCAUGGAGCGUUAGCUCCCCGCCUUCGUACACCUCAGGCAACUCCAACUACGAUGAGAAGCACUACAUCGAGGCUCUUCAGCCCCUCCUCGCCGCUCAAGGCUGGAAUGCUCAGUUCAUCGUGGAUCAAGGCCGCUCUGGUAAGCAGCCCACUGGCCAGCAGGCUUGGGGUGACUGGUGCAAUGCCAUCGGCACCGGCUUCGGUCUCCGUCCAUCCUCCAACACGGGCUCUCCGCUUGUUGACGCCUUCGUCUGGGUGAAGCCUGGCGGCGAGAGUGACGGCACUUCCGACACCACCGCCACCCGCUACGACUACAACUGCGGCAAGAGUGACGCUCUAAAGCCCGCUCCCGAGGCCGGCACUUGGUUCCAGGCCUACUUUGAACAGCUGCUUGUGAACGCCAACCCAGCCUUCUGA